GGUCUCUCUUUCUGGAAACUAUUUCCUGGUCUGUUAGAAUUGGGCGGCUUGUCGGACGGGGUACUAUGUCGGUUUUAGGAGUGGGGCGAUGUGUUCGGGUAGUUAUGAUUAUUGUGUUCAGUUUAAACGUGCUGCUUGCAGAACAAGUUAAAUUGAAACAUUCACCUUCUCCGCAGACAGCUGUCCGCCUCUUUACCGACACGGAAUUGGCCAAAUAUAACGGAGAAAAGAAAGAUCAACCCAUCUACAUGGCAAUUAAGGGAGUUGUGUUUGAUGUCACAUUGGGAAAAGAAUUUUAUGGCACAGGUGGCCCGUAUAAUGCACUAGUGGGGAAAGACUCCACUCGAGCUGUAGCAAAAAUGUCCUUGGAAUCUGAAGACCUGACGCAUGACGUGACUGGACUCACUGAAGAUGAACUGAAGUCUCUUGACGAUGUGUUCAAUAAUUUGUACAAGACCAAGUAUCCUAUUGUUGGCUACACAGCCCAUCGAAUUCUUAAUAAAGAUGGCAGCCCCAAAAAAGAUUUUAAACCUGAAGAUCAGCCUCAUUUUAGCAUUAAAGAUGAGUUAUGACCUAUUUUGUAUUUUAAAUGGUCUGUGUUUCAUGUUUUAGUAUUGAAAAUAUGGUAUCCGUAGUUUAUAUACUACUUUUUUACAAUGUUUUUGUUAGAGAAUAAGAACAGGCUUCCUGUGAAUGUCAGCGUUUGAGAAGUGACUUAACAAUGUUUCACCUUCAUAAACUAGGUACAGUGACUUUUGAACUUGCUAUUGAAAAUUGUCGAUCCAAUUUUAUAGUGAGUAUACAUUUAGAGAUUGAAAACUAGGAAGGAAAUUUGUAUCAAAUAUUCCCACUAUAUUUAAGUUCUAAAUUUUCUUCACGUUACAUUUAAUAAAAUGUAUUUGUUUUG